AUGGUUUACUCUGCAAAUACGAAUCAUUCUACAUCUGCACAAAGAACACCACAUUUUUCACUUUCACGUCCAUUAAUGAUCAUUCUCAUUAUUGGAUCAGUAAUUUUAACAAUUAUUUAUGUUAAUCACCAAGGAAUAAUCGCAACAGAAAUAUUGACAGUCGGUAGUUCAACGAAUUGUUUAAUAAAUUCCAAACAAAUCGAUCAAAAUUGUCACUGGUAUUUUUUAAAUUAUACACCAAGUGCAUGGGAAUCUAGUUGGACUGAUAAUAUUGAACAAUUACAAAAUAUCGUUUGUGAAACAUUAACAAAUAUAGAUAAUUUAAAUAAAUCAGCUUUAGCUGUCGAAAGAUUAAUCGAAUUACAGAAAUUUGGAAGAAAUCAAACCGAAAGUAAUAAACAAUCAAGCGAUAUAUUUCUAUCGAGAAUGGUUUAUCAACAAAAAUGUAUUAAUCCAAUAACAAAUAUAUCAUCUAGAGGCGUCAUCGUAUCGCAAUUAAUCGAACCACUUAUUGGUUUACUUCGAGAUCCAUUGACAAUAUGCAAUCGUGUGAAUGCACUGCCUGCUUCUGUAUAUGAAGGAGCAAUUUUACAAUCAAAACGUUUUUUUCUAUUAUCAGUCGCAGCUCCGUUUUAUAUUCAUUCAUCAACACUAAGUCCUAAUAAUAAUGUACCAAUGAUGAUUACAUCAAAUAAACGUAAUAC